AUGGCUCGUCGAGUCUUCUUGGUAGUGACCUUAUUAGAUUUUUGUAGUUGUUCACUCACAUUUGCUGCAAAGUCUUGGUGGGAAACUGCCUCGUUCUAUCAAAUUUACCCGCGUUCGUUCAAGGAUAGCGAUGGCGAUGGUGUUGGUGAUCUGAAUGGUGUCACUAGUGUGUUACCAUAUCUGAAGGAGAUCGGUAUUGCUGGUACUUGGUUGUCGCCAUUCCUCGAGUCGCCCAUGGCUGAUUUCGGUUACGAUAUCUCCAACUUUACAGCAGUCGAUCCACUAUUCGGCACCAUGGAGGACUUCGAGCGCAUGGUGACCAAGGCCAAAGAGUUGGAUAUAAAAAUAAUUUUGGACUUUGUGCCAAAUCACUCGAGUGAUGAGUGUGUUUGGUUCAUCAAAUCGGCUGCUAGAGAUCCCGUUUAUAAAGACUAUUAUAUCUGGCAUCCGGGUAAGUUGGUGGAUGGCAAGCGCCAACCGCCAAACAAUUGGGUUAGCGUAUUUUACGGUUCGGCUUGGCAGUGGCAUGAAGAGCGUCAGGAGUACUACUUACAUCAGUUCGACAAAAAACAGCCGGAUUUUAAUUUUCGCAACCCCGAAGUGCGUGAAGCAAUGAAUAAUGUCUUACGGUUCUGGUUGGACAAGGGUGUCCCUGGUUUUCGCAUUGAUGCCAUCUACCACGCCUUCGAGAUUGAGGCUGAUAAGCGUGGUAACUAUGCAGACGAACCCGUGAGUGGUUGGAGUGACGAUCCACAGGAUUACGGGUAUGUUCGCCACAUUUACACGGUUGAUCAGUGGGAGACACCGCAUCUGGUGUAUGAGUGGCGUCAGAUCUUGAAAGAUUACCAAGUAAAACAUGGUGGAGACGAGCGUAUUUUGAUGGUCGAGACCUGGUCCCCCAUAGAUAUCGUCAUGCUUUACUACGGUAAUGAGACCGCAGACGGUGGUCAAAUACCCUUCAACUUCCAAAUGAUUUCUAAUUUGGGCAUGUAUUCCAAUGCUCAUCAUUACUCUGAACUGAUCAACAAAUGGUUCCAAUACAUGCUACCUGGUAGAACACCUAACUGGGUGAUCGGAAACCACGACAAAAAUCGUGUUGGUACGCGCUUUGGUGCUGAACGCAUUGACCUCUUCAAUAUACUCUUGCUCACACUGCCCGGUUGCAGUAUCAGCUACAACGGCGAGGAGAUCGGCAUGACUGACGUAUGGAUCUCCUGGGAGGAGACCGUCGACCCACAGGCAUGCAACAAUGAGCAAGAGGGUUAUGAGUGGCGUUCACGCGAUCCGGCACGUACACCCUUCCAGUGGAGCGACAUUGCGAAUGCUGGUUUUACCACGGGCCAAAGUACUUGGCUACCCAUCGCAGAAGACUACAAGCUCGUCAAUGUGAAACGGGAGCGCGGUGUAGCCUUGAGUCAUUUAAAUGUCUUCAAAAAUCUACAAAAGCUAAGAAAGUCGACAACCUUACAGAACGGCGAAACGGAGGUUAAAGCGUUGAAUGACUAUGUCUUAGCCGUCAAACGCUCACUACGAGAUAAUUACACAUACAUAACGCUACUCAACAUUUUUGGUAACAUUGAGAAUUUCAACCUGCACGAACCCUUCGCUGAACUGCCAGCGCAAUUCGAAUACGUCAUAAUAACCGAUCGCUCCAUCAAGCGAGAGGGCGAUAAGAUUCCCACCAGCAGCGUCACGCUUAUGCCACACGAGUCCAUUGUGCUGAGGUCAACCGCUCGAGUUUAGCGCAUUUUUGAGUGAUUUAGAAAGCUCUCUCAACUUAAUUUGCCAUAUUGUUAUCGAUACUACUCUAAUCAACAUUUUGUACUUCCAAGUCUUUUAUUACUUUUUGUUGUUUAUUUGGCACAGAUAACACAUUUAUAAUGCUUCAUACACAAGACUAUAACGUAAUAUGCGAUUACCGUCAAUUCACAUAUUUGUACAUCCCCCAUAGGCGGCAGCCAACUUUUAGGGGCCAUAAAAGUCAUAAGUGGCACUCAAGUGUCCAAUCAGCUCAUAAAUAUCGCACGAUCUCGAUAUGUCAGCAAUUAUUGCAUCCUUGUUAUAUUGUCUCAUUUAUGACAUUUAAUAUGAUUAUUUUAGUUUUAUAGCGU